AAGAUGUUUCCUUUCCUACUACUACCACUUGUUGUAACCUCAUCAGAUGAAGGAUCAAUUUUAAUCGGAGACAUUGCAGUUUCUCUCAGAUGGCACGCCGAAUUACCAGAUCAAGAAGGCUAGAAACGCAGCAGCUAGAACAGUCAAGGGCUAAGUGGACAGCAUCACUUACUAAGAUACUGGCAGAUUUGAUGGUUGACCAAGUACACAAAGGGAACAAGCAAAACAAUUCAUUCAAUAAGAAAGCAUGGAAACAUAUUUGUGAUGGAUUUCACAACAAAACAGGUCUGAAAUGGGAUAAGGAAAAACUCAAAAACCGACAUUCAGUGUUGAGGAGACAGUAUGCUAUUGUGAAGCCCAUUCUUGAUGAAGGUGACUUUGUUUGGGAUGAAGCCACGGGAGCUAUAAUUGCGAAUGAUGAAAUUUGGGCAGAAUACAUCAAGAACAAUCCUGACGCCGAGACUGUAAAAAGUGGUGGCUGUUCAAUCUUUAAGGAGCUAUGUACAAUAUUCUCUGAGGCAGCAACGAACGGACAACAUGAAUAUGCUGCAUCUGAUAGUGAACACACUCCUAGAGCUCCUUGUCCAGAAUUGUUGAGCACACAUCAAGAUGAGUCUUCAUCUGAAUCCGAGGAUGAGGAAGAUGCAAAUGGCCCCCAAACAGUUCAACCUACUACACCUACAGCAACUUGUAGUAGUCGCAAAAGAGGGCGUAAAGGAGUUGAUGGUGCUAUUGCAGACGCUAUAUUAGAGAUGGCAUCUGCUUCAAAGAUGAGAGCAGCUGCCAUAGAGCAACAUAACUCUAAAUACAGCAUAUCUGACUGUAUCAAGGAUUUAGAUUUAAUGGAAGGUGUUGAUCAACAACUAUAUUUUGCUGCUCUAGAUCUUUUCAACAAUCCUAAUGCAAGAGAGAUAUUUUUGUCUCUCAAAAAGGAUAAACGUUUAACUUGGUUGCACCACAGGUGUGCUGUUGUAUCCAAUAGAUAGGUUGAAAAAUAUAUGAAAUGAUAUCUUUUUGGCCACUUUGAUAUGUUAGUGUUGAAUUAUUCACAAGGAAACUCAUCAAUAUCAUGAAAGCUCCUCGAGUUUUUGUGUUAAAAGAUAUUAAUGUCUGAUUGACAUGCAACUAUACUAACAAUUGAAGCAAUCUGUAUCACCAAACAUGCACUAAAGAGUGAGUUGAAUGAAUUGAUCAAGUCUUACAAUCUUCACUAAA